UCAUGUGCCAUCUCACUAGUCUAGAUGCUGCAGCAUCCUAUGACCUUUCACAAGCUCGGUGUCAACUUGAUUGCCGAGGACACUCAUGAUUGUUCUUUUUCGCAGACUGUCAGGACAAUGUUCUCGUUAGUCGUGUGGGCGGCGCUACCGCUGCUGAGCUUUGCCAUCACUGUACCCGUCACCAACCACUGGGCGGGUGGAUUCCAGGCUAGAGUCUGCUUCAAAAUCGACAAGGAGAUGACUUCCUGGGUCAUCCAUCUGACCUUUGACCACCCUGUAGAGACAAUUGAUGUGUGGACGGCGGAUGCGCAGAGCACCAGCGCGGACAAGAAGCAAUGGACGCUGACCAGCAAGAACUGGAACGCAGUGGAGCAUGUCGGGGACGAGCUGUGCAUCGACCUCAUGGGUCACGGAACUGGUGAUUUCGCUCCUGUCAUCACAGCAACCCUGGAAGGAACAAGUGGCGGCGGUUCACAUCAAGUUGCUACAAGUGCCCCAGCUACCACACAAGCUCACCAUCAAGGUGUCGCCACUGCUGCUCCUGUGCAUACAACCCCAUUGUCUGUCCCCGACGGAAAUGGAUUCCCCGCCACUACCCGAGUCUCCAACGUGAGAGACGGACGCUCGGACCAUUACCUGACCUUCACCAUCAGCGGCCCAACCGUCAUGGGCUGGGUGGUCAAGUUCCGGUGCAGCAAGCCAGUGCACAACCUCAACGUUCGCGAGGCCGAUCCACUCAGCCACAACGCUGAUCAGACGGAGUGGCUGCUGGUGAACAACGACAACCAGAUCACCAUCAAGCCAGGAACAUUCGAGUUGAAAAUUGAGCUGGAGCUGGUGACCGGCAGAGACGCGGCCCCUCAGUGCUCCGCCACACUCACCAACAUGGGGGUCGACAAACACACCUGCGGACAGCUGCCCAACAAGGCCAACUCCAAGUACAACUAUGACGAUGUCCUGUACAAGUCCAUCUUGUUCUACGAGGCGCAGCGCUCGGGCAAACUUCCGGCCAACAAUCGCAUCCCCUGGCGAGGCGACUCCGCCCUCAAUGAUGGCGAUGGCGGGGUGGACCUGACUGGCGGGUGGUAUGACGCGGGAGACUUCGUCAAGUUCAACUUCCCCAUGGCCUGGUCAACGGCCGUCUUGACCUGGGGCUUGCUGCAGUUCAAGGACGCCUACCAGGCCGCAGGUCAGCUGGAGUGGAUGUACGAGAGUGUCAAGUGGCCGCUGGACUACCUGCUCAAGUGUCACGUGUCCGACAACGUGCUGUACGUGCAGGUGGGUGACGGGGGUGCAGACCACGGAUCAUGGGGGAGACCCGAGGACAUGAAGAUGGCCAGACCCGCCUUCAAGAUCGACGCCACCAAGCCAGGAUCUGAAGUUGCCAUGGAAACAGCGGCUGCCUUUGCGGCUGGGUAUUUGGCAUUCAAAGAAAAAGAUCCGUCAUACUCAGCCAAGCUGCUGCAACAUGCCAAGUCGCUGUGGCAGUUCGCUGUCACACACAAGGGCAAGUACAGUGACAGUGUGUCAGCUGCUGCCGGCUACUACAAUUCCGCCAACGUCACGGACGAGUUGUGCUGGGGGUCGCUGUGGUUGUACAAGGCCACCAAGGAACCCAAGUACCUGGAGGAGGCCCUCAAGCACUAUGAUGCUUCUCCCGACUGGGGCAUGUCCUGGGACGAUGUCUUCAUCGGCAAUCAGGUGUUGCUGUACGAACUCACGAAGGAGGCCAAGUACAAAGCAGCUGUGGAGGGCACCUUCAGGGAGUGGUUCCCUGGCGGGACUGUCCCCUACACCCCUAAGGGUCUGGCGUACAGACUGCAGUGGGGGUCCCUGCGGUACGCAUCCAACAUGGCUAUGGCCGCGCUGAUGGCUGCAGAAGCGGGUAUCCACCCGGACGAGUAUCGCCACUGGGCCAUGUGUCAGAUCCACUACGCCCUGGGCGACACUGGCCGCAGCUUUGUCGUGGGUUUUGGCAAAAAUCCACCCGUCAGUCCUCACCACCGCUCUAGCUCCUGCCCCAACCUACCUGUGCGGUGUAACAUGAACUACCUCCACCUGGACACCCCCAACACUCACAUGCUGUGCGGGGCGCUGGUGGGUGGCCCCGAUAGCUCGGAUGGUUACAAGGACAGCCGCGAGAACUACGUCAACAACGAGGUGGCCUGCGACUACAACGCCGGCUUCCAGACAGCCGUGGCCGGCCUUCGCUCCUUACUGGUCCGACACGUGCAUCCCGAGCAGAAAGGCGGCGCCACGUGUCCCUACCAUGGGAGAGCACCGUGAGCAAGGGGGCAGCACUGCCAGUGUUUCUGACAGACUUACCUUGUUGGAUGCUGCUGUACACUUGAACUAUGCUCUAUCCGGGCGAUAUAUUUUGC